GUCGUCACGCCUCGCCCCGCCCACACCGGAAUUGUUGGCCUCAAUAGCCUCAGGUUGCAUCUGAAAAUAUCACGUCUCUUGUAAAGACACGCUCUUCUAGUUAGCAAUGUUCUUCUACUGAUGGGAUUAUUCGCUACAGCAAGACGCGGGGCUGCACAUUUAAACCUCCCAAAGACAAUCAUGUCGCGACGGCUUCAUGCCAGCAGGACCGAAGGAGUCGAUAAAAACGUUUGGGUUGAAUUCACGCAGCUUGCAGCUGACUACAAAGUGGUCAACCUCGGCCAAGGCUUCCCUGACUUUGCUCCUCCAAAAUUUGUCCAAGAUGCCUUCUGUAACGCUUUGAGUGGAGGUCCGGCCAUGCAUCAGUACACACGCGCCUUUGGUCACCCUCCACUUGUUAGGAGCCUGGCCAAAUUCUUCAGCGGCAUUUUCACCCAUGAGAUCGACCCCAUGGAGGACAUCCUGGUCACCGUUGGCGCUUACCAGGCUCUCUUCUGCGCUUUCCAGGCGCUAAUUGACGAAGGAGAUGAGGUGAUUAUCGUGGAGCCUUUCUUUGACUGCUACCAUCCCAUGGUGAAGAUGGCGGGGGGUACUCCUGUUUAUGUUCCUCUGAGGCCGAGAGCGGAAGGCAGUGGCGCCGUCCUGUCAAGCGGAGAUUGGGUUCUGUCGGCCGAUGAGCUGGCCAGCAAAUUCACCCCGCGCACGAAAGCCAUCGUCAUCAACACACCCAACAACCCGUUAGGGAAGGUGUAUAAGAGGGAGGAGCUGCAAAUGAUUGCCGACUUGUGUGUCAAACAUGACGUGCUGUGCUUCAGUGAUGAGGUGUACGAGUGGCUCACCUAUGACUCUGCCAAGCACAUCAAAAUAGCCAGCUUGCCCGGCAUGUGGGAGCGCACCAUCACGGUCGGAAGCGCGGGGAAGACCUUCAGCGCAACGGGAUGGAAGGUGGGCUGGGCUAUUGGCGCUGGACCCGUCAUCAAACACAUGAAGACCAUCCAUCAGAACUCUGUGUACCACUGUGCCACGGCCGCUCAGGAGGCAGUCGCUCGCGGCUUUGAGCGAGAGUUUGAGAUGUUCGGCUCUCCGGAGAGCUACUUCCAGCAGCUUCCGACCAUGCUGCAGCAGAAGAGGGAAAAGCUGGCCAAGUGUCUGGAGAGCGUGGGUUUGAAGCCCAUCAUGCCCGAGGGAGGCUACUUCAUGAUAACGGACAUCUCCUCCAUCAAGGUGGACCUCAAUGACCAGAGCACCAAGGGUGAAUCUUAUGACUUCAGAUUUGUCAAAUGGCUAAUUAAAGAGAAGGGUUUAGCAACAAUACCCGUGUCGGCCUUCUACAGUCCGGAGCACGGCAAAGAGUUUGACAAAUACAUCCGCUUCUGCUUCAUCAAGGAGGACGCCACCCUGGAGGCAGCUGAGGACAUACUGAGAAAGUGGAGUUGUGGAGAAUAAGACCGCUUGUCCCUAAAAGCCCGUCCUCAAGUUUUAUUUCCUGUCCGUCCAGAUUUUAACUGUUAGUGAUUACCUGCAUAUGAGCCAUAUUUUAUAUACGUCCUCAACAUGUCCAUGCACCCUUUUUUGAUCAAUCUGUACUUUCUCCAGUAUUCAAAUGUUUGAAGCUCUUAUGUGAAUUUUAUAACGU